CAACCAUAACCAGAGAACACAAAGAGGAACCAGCUGUCAAACCAAACUCAACCAAGAAAAAAAAAACCCUUAAAAGGCUAUAGAUCAUCGCCACCCACAAAUUCCAGAGGGGGGGAGAGAUGGAUAGGGUGUUGUGUGAUGAACUUCUUCAAGAUAUUUUCACAAGACUCUUUCAAUCAUCUCCAUCUUCAUCUUCAUCAGUUUCUCUGGUGUCCAAGCGUUGGCUUCAUCUCUACAGGGCUUCAAAAACCUCACUUUCUCUGCAGCUGGACCCUCGCACCUCCACAAUUCCUACUUUGUCAGUUCUUCUCUCUCACUACCCUUUUAUUUCAUCUCUGUCUCUACUUGUUUCCUCUAGUAGCACCUCUACAACUACCAAUUUUAAUGACCAAGUUUUAUUCGUAGUCUCCUCCUCCUGCUUCUCUUAUCUUAAGCAAUUGAGGUUUUUAGCUGGUCCUGUUCGUGUUUCUUCUUUGCUAGCUCUGUCUAGAACAUGUAAGAAUCUUACUUCUCUGUCUAUUUCCCUGUCUAGGCCUCUGUCUUUCAAUUGGGUUGUUUCUUUUUCUUGUUUGAAGGAGUUAUAUGUGUGUGUCUGUGGUGGUGAUGGUAUUGAGGAGGAAUUUGAUUGGAAUAGAGGAUAUAGAUUGUUCCCAAAUCAGGAACUUGAGGUGGAAUUGGGUUUGGAGAGUCUUAGUUUAUCUGGGAUUCGUGCAGAUGAUUGGGGUAUUGGUUGGCUAUGGAGGAGCUGCAAGAGGCUUAAGACAUUGCAGUUGAAGAGCUGUGAGGGUAUUUGUGAUGGAGGGUCUUUUGUUAGGUGCUUAAAGGGUCUUGAAGAAGUUGAAUUAAGGACUUGCAGAAGCAUAGUUGAUGGGGUUUUAUUGAAAUUGGCAGAUAAUUGUGAUUAUUUGACUUCUCUGUUGGUUUAUGAUGGUGGCAGUAAAGAAGGGUUGCUUCAAUUCAUAAGCAACUGUAGGAGUAAUUUGCAGAACCUCGAUCUUCGCUUACCAUUAGACCUCGAUAACGAUCAUCUCUCCUCUAUUGCAGUGAAUUUAAGAGGUCUAUCGACUCUGAGGCUUCAAAGUUGUUGUCUUGUCACUGGUGAGGGCCUAAUGACUCUUGGAAUUUCCAUGAAUUCAAGGCUUGAAGAAUUGUCACUGAUUAAUUGUGAUGUUGUUGAAAGAGAACCUGGGUUGCUUGCCACAUUGGGACAGAAUUUAAAGCAGUUGAGGAAGCUGGACUUGUCUUACAAUGAAAUGUUACUUGAUAAGGAGUUUAUAUUAAUGCUUAUUUCGUGUAGUUAUUUGAUCGAAUUGAAGUUGAGAGGGUGUAGGGGACUCACUGGUUUGACAAUUCAAUCUAUACUUAAGAGUUGCAAGAAGUUGGAGAGUAUUGAUAUUAUGCAUUGUGGUGGGAUUGGGGCCGAGUCUGUGGAGUUGUUUGUCAUGAAUUCUCCACGGCUGAGACGGGUUCAAGUUGAGGAAACCAAGCUUUCUGAUGUUGCGAGGACCUGGGCAUCAAAUCGAUUCAUCGAGGUUGUUGCUUAAUUUAUGAACUGAAAAGAAGAAUAAGUAUUUAUUUAAUGAUCAUUUCAAGCCAAACAGGUAUAUAUCGAAUCACAUGUUCGAAGUGAUUUCUACAUUUGCAAAUUGUUUAUAUAAUGUAAUCAAAAGAGCAAUUUAAACCUUUUUAUUGCCUUCAGUGUUUGAUAAAUAAAAUGGCACCAUUGUUUUGAUUCU